AUCCUUUCUUCCUUCCCAUGUCCUUUGCUCAGGCAACAAUGGGGACAUCCUCCCUCUCGUCACUCAUCUCGGAGCUGGGAUCACAAGUGGGAAGAGGGCUAGCGAAGCUAGAGAGUGGGCAGCUCUAACCCAAACCUAGGCCACCUCCGUAUUCUCUUUUCUGGAUGGUCUGGGGUUCAAGAGUCCCUGCAAGGAUUUUCCACAAGUUAAUGACACUCCUCUAGGUUUUCCAUGGAAGUGAGGAUUAUUUAGUUCAUUAAGGGAAAUGAAUGAUGCCUCAAAAACAAAACAAAAACAAGAUCUUCUAAAAUAUUUUUCUGUAAAGAGUCAAACUUCAGACAGUGCACAGCUUGGCCAUUAUACUGUCAAAGUAGCCAUCAGCAGACUGUAAAUGAAUGUACAUGGCUGUGUUUAAUAAAACUUUAUGGCUGGCAGGAACGAGCCCAUAAGCCAUAGCUUAAUGGUUUAAGUGAACUAUGAAAUAUAAGUCAAACAUGCUUCCUAAGCUUUUUAACAAUAAAAUGACCAUUACUAUUAUUUCUAGCAGUUAUUUCCUCUUCUCCUGGUUUAGGGCAUUCAACAAGUUGUCAUGAUAGUUUCUUCUUAUUUCCAGAUCUUUUGUGUCUUACACCAUGAUGGUUAUUGUGGUGAAUUUCAUUGUGCCUUUGACAGUAAUGUUUUACUGUUAUUACCAUGUCACUCAGUCUAUGAGACUUCAUGCUGCCAGGAACUGCACUGCAUAUCUUAACAGAGACUGGGCCGACCAGGCAGAUGUAACAAAGAUGUCUGUGAUAAUGAUAUUGAUGUUUCUGCUGGCAUGGUCCCCUUAUUCCAUUGUGUGCUUAUGGGCUUGUUUUGGAGACCCCAAAAAGAUUCCUCCUUCAGUGGCCAUCAUAGCUCCACUGUUUGCCAAAUCCUCUACAUUCUACAACCCCUGUAUUUAUGUUGCUGCUAAUAAGAGGUUUCGGAAGGCCAUGUUUGCCAUGUUUAAAUGCCAGCAUCACCAAGCAAUGCUUGAGACAAGUUCUGUACCAAUGAAUAUGCCUCAAAGCCAUAGCAAGGCCUGAGACAAGUUCUGUACCAGUUGGAUAUGCCUCAAAGCCCAUUGACUUCUGGAAGAAUCUGAAAUGCGAGAAAGAAUCUACCACCAAACAUUUUAUGUGUUUUGCGGGUUUUUUGGCAAUACAUUAAUUUUAUUUUAAAUAUGGAUCCAUUUAGAUCAAGUGCAGACAAAGACUGUUGCCUUAUUGGACUGCAGGUCUCUCCCACACAGCCAACACAGCUCCGUCUGUGCAAUAGUUGCUGUAGGGCCUUCACUGUAUCCUCCAGGAUAAAUGAGUAGCUAAAGAUCCUUUGAUGAACCCAGGCACACAAAACUGCAGUCUCUCUUCUUUCUCUUUAGAAGGCACACAUUACAGCACAUUACAGUGUACUGAUGACCUGUAACUUGACUGAGUUGUCCAUUAGACAAGAAAUGACCACUAGAAUAUUAGAAUAUUUUAAUAUUAGGAAAAGUUAAUAAUAAACUAAUCAAAAUUA